ACGUAUAUCCGGUGAAGGUUUUUAUUCCCGCGCUGUUCUUAUUUAAGGCUGUCGCUGACAGCUUGUCUUCCAUUGUGAUCCAAAAGAACAGGCUCCCCAAAGCUGUGCGCUUUUUGCAGAUUCAAUGGGAAAAGCAGUCUCGCUUCAUGUGAUUUGUGGAAUCUUGGCUGUUUUGGUUGUUUCUCUGGUGAAAGCAGACGACCCAUAUAGGUACUAUACAUGGACUGUCAGUUAUGGAACUCGUUCUCCUUUGGGUGUCCCCCAGCAGGUAAUCCUUAUCAAUGAUCAGUUUCCCGGACCUAGACUCGAGGUGGUGACUAACGACAACAUCAUCCUCAACCUCAUUAACAAGUUAGACCAGCCAUUUCUGCUGACAUGGAAUGGUAUUAAACAAAGGAAGAACUCAUGGCAAGAUGGAGUAUUGGGUACCAACUGCGCUAUCCAACCAAACUCGAACUACACUUACAAGUUUCAAACCAAAGAUCAGAUUGGGUCCUACACAUAUUUCCCCUCAACUCUGCUUCACAAAGCUGCUGGAGGAUUUGGAGGACUCAAUGUAUAUGAGAGACCUCGCAUACCGAUCCCUUUUCCAAAUCCUGAUGGAGAUUUCACCUUACUUGUUGGUGAUUGGUUCAAAACCAACCAUAAGACAUUGCAGCAAUCUCUGGACUCUGGAAAAUCUCUACCAUUUCCUGAUGGUGUCCUUAUAAAUGGCCAGGCUCAGAAUACCUACAGUGGUGACCAAGGAAAAGUCUAUAUGUUUAGGAUCUCAAAUGUGGGCUUGGCAACCUCAUUGAAUUUCAGGAUUCAGGGCCACAAAUUAAAGUUAAUUGAGGUUGAAGGAUCUCAUACCCUUCAAAGCAUUUAUGACUCUCUUGAUGUACAUGUUGGCCAAUCUGUGGCUGUCUUAGUAACCUUGGAUCAGCCACCAAAGGACUACCACAUUGUUACAUCCACUCGAUUCACUAAGCGUGUUCUUACAGCAACUGCAGUUUUACACUACACAAACUCUCACACCCCCGUCUCUGGACCCUUGCCCAUUGGCCCUACUUACCAAAUACACUGGUCUAUGAAGCAAGCUAGAACCUUCAGGUGGAAUUUGACAGCAAGUGCAGCAAGGCCCAAUCCUCAGGGCUCAUUCCAUUAUGGGAAGAUAACGCCAACAAAGACAAUUUUGUUGGCCAAUUCAGCAUCGUUAAUAAAUGGAAAGCAGCGUUAUUCAAUUAACAGAGUCUCCUACAUCAAUCCUGACACCCCUCUGAAACUUGCUGAUCAUUUCAGCAUCCCUGGAGUCUUCAGUGUAGAUGCCAUCCAAACUCUUCCCUCAAGUGGUCCUUCAUUCAUAGCUACGUCUGUUAUGCCAGCAUCCCUUCAUGAUUUUACUGAAGUCGUUUUCCAAAAUAAUGAAAAGACAAUUCAGUCUUGGCAUCUUGAUGGCUAUGAUUUCUGGGUCGUUGGUUAUGGUUUCGGACAGUGGACACCAGCCAAGAGAAGAAGCUAUAAUCUAGUUGAUGCUCUGACUAGACAUACUGCUCAGGUGUAUCCAAAUUCGUGGACCACCAUAUUGGUCUCCUUGGACAACCAAGGUAUGUGGAACAUGAGGUCUGCAAUAUGGGAAAGGCAGUACCUUGGUCAACAAUUCUAUCUCAGGGUUUGGAAUGCGGUCCACAACCUUGCUAAUGAAUAUGAUCUUCCUUCUAAUGUUGUACUUUGUGGCAAAGCCAUUGGACGGCACCCUUAAUAGGACUGGCUUUUUUUUUUUUUUUCCUGAAGUCCCUUUUUAUUUUUAUUUUUGGUCCAGUCAUGAGGGUUUGGCUGCAAGUCAAAACAUUACAGGGGAGAAAAGAAUGAUAUUUACUUAUUUUCGGGAACUUUAUUUGUAUCUCUCAUCGUCAUCUUCUUUUUGCUUAGAUGAUUGUGUGUCAAUUGUACAUCUUUGGUUCUGUUUCAUCGUGGGAGUUUGUGUAUCUCUCUUAUAUAUUUCAGAAUACAAGUUUUUGCUUUUAAAGUUU